AUGGCCACCAUCCAGUCAGAGACCGACUGUUACGACAUCAUCGAGGUGCUCGGCAAGGGCACCUUCGGGGAGGUGGCCAAGGGCUGGCGGCGGAGCACGGGCGAGAUGGUGGCCAUCAAGAUCCUCAAGAACGACGCCUACCGCAACCGCAUCAUCAAGAACGAGCUGAAGUUGCUCCGCUGCAUGCGAGGCCUGGACCCCGAGGAGGCCCACAUCAUCCGCUUCCUCGAGUUCUUCCACGACGCCCUCAAGUUUUACUUGGUCUUCGAGCUGCUGGAGCAAAACCUCUUUGAGUUCCAGAAGGAGAACAACUUCGCACCCCUCCCUGCCCGCCACAUCCGUACGGUCACCCUGCAGGUGCUCAGAGCCCUGGCCCGGCUCAAGGAGCUGGCCAUCAUCCACGCUGACCUCAAGCCUGAGAACAUCAUGCUGGUGGACCAGACCCGCUGCCCCUUCAGGGUCAAGGUGAUCGACUUCGGCUCGGCCAGCAUUUUCAGCGAGGUGCGCUAUGUGAAGGAGCCGUACAUCCAGUCUCGCUUCUACCGGGCCCCUGAGAUCCUACUGGGGCUGCCCUUCUGUGAGAAAGUGGAUGUGUGGUCCCUGGGCUGUGUCAUGGCUGAGCUGCAUCUUGGCUGGCCCCUCUACCCGGGCAACAAUGAGUACGACCAGGUGCGCUACAUCUGUGAGACCCAGGGCCUGCCCAAGCCCCACCUGCUGCAUGCUGCCCGCAAGGCCCACCACUUCUUCAAGCGCAACCCCCACCCUGAUGCCACCAACCCCUGGCAGCUCAAGUCCUCGGCUGACUACCUGGCAGAGACCAAGGUGCGCCCGCUGGAACGUCGCAAGUACAUGCUGAAGUCACUGGACCAGAUCGAGACAGUGAACGGCAGUGGGGCGGCCGGGCGGCUGACCUUCCCAGACCGUGAGGCACUGGCUGAGCACGCUGACCUCAAGAGCAUGGUGGAGCUGAUCAAGCGCAUGCUGACAUGGGAGUCUCAUGAGCGUAUCAGCCCCAGCGCGGCCCUGCGCCACCCCUUCGUGUCUAUGCAGCAGCUGCGCAGCGCCCACGAGUCCACACGUUACUACCAGCUCUCGCUACGCGGCUACCGUCUCUCCUUGCAGGUGGAGGGCAAGGCUGUAUCUGCCAUGGAUGACGGGCCACCCUACUACCGGCUGGCUGAGGAGGAGGAGGCCGUGGGCCUGGGCAGUGCGGCAGGCAGCGGGCCCUUCUUCCGUGAGAAGGCACCAGGCAUGCAAAGGGCCAUCGACCAGCUGGACGACCUGAGUCUGCAGGAGGCGGGGCGGGGCCUGUGGGGUGAGACCCAUGUGGAUGUGGUCCCUGACAUGCUGGCCCCACUCAAGGCAGCUGGCCCUGGCCGCCGGGUGCCUGACUCUGGCCCUGAGCCUAUCCUGGCCUUUUACGGCAGCUCCCUAGCAGGCCGCCACAAGGCCCGCAAGCCGCCCACAGGCUCCAAGUCCGACUCCAACUUCAGCAACCUCAUCCGGCUGAGCCAGGCCUCGCCGGAAGAUGAGGGGCCCUGCCGGGGCAGCGGCUGGGAGGAGGGAGAGCGUCGAGGGGCCUCCGCUGAGCCGCCUACCAUCCCGCAGCGGGGCGGGGAUGGGCCCGACAUCAAAGACCUGGCCAUGAACGCUGAGAGGGCAGACCCUGAGCUCUUUGACCCCAGCAGCUGUCCUGGGGAAUGGCUGAGUGAUCCAGACUGGAGCCUGGAGGGUGUCAGGGGGCCACAGGCUCAGGGCCUGCUGCCCCACCACACCCGGGCCACCAGCUUUCUGCAGCAUGUUGGCGGGCACCACUGAGGGUGCCCCACCCCUGCCCAUUGCUGGAGUGGCCUUGACUGGAGUGGCAUCCUCUCUUGACCCAAACUGCUCCUCAGAGCCACCCCCAGAACCCGCAAAUUAUUCUUCCAGAAAGAUAGUUAUCCAGAAACUCCCUAUUCCUCUUGCCCAUGGCACAUGCCUGCACGUACCCGCAAACACUGGAGGGCCUUGGGGUCAGGCCUGUGGCCCCUCGGCCAGAGGGAGGCGGGAAGGGGGCCGCCCCCUGCUGGCCCCGAGCAGGCUCCCAUCCUGCUGUCUCUGCCUAUUUCAAUAAAGAACUGUUCAGCAUCCUGCCUCACACCUGUCCUCACUGCCCCGGGCCUGGCCUGGCCCUGGCAUGGGAUUCCAGGCGGCUGUCAUCAGUGGAACUGAAGGGAAGGGCUGUGCUCAGCGCACACUAACCCAUCCCCUAAGCUUGUUCAGUGCCUAGCAUGUGAGAUCUACCUUCAGAGCAUUCUAAGUGUUUAGCAUGUACUAAUCCAAGGUUGCCUAAUGCUGAGGGCUCGCUGUCAGUUACACUGUCCUCGCUAUGUGCUACGAGCUUGGUAUGCACUCAUUCAUGCUUGGACAUGUGAAGUGUAAGUUCACUUGCAUGCUUGGUGCACAUGCCAAUGUUCAGCACAUGCUAUCCCACCCUUGGGAUAUGGCUGGGAACAUGCUGAGUGUGCAGCACACGCUAACCCACGCUGGCUGCUUGACCAGGGCUCAGUCCAUGCUAGGCCAUGUGGGUCAAUACACUGUGGGCUUGUGUGCGCUGCACACUAAGGGGUCAGCACACACCAGUCCACACAGGCCACACACUGAGUGCCCAGGACACGCUGGUCCACACAGGUCACAUGAUGAGUGCUCAGCACAUACCAGUCACAUGCUGCGCUCAGCACACUCCAGUCCACACAGGCCACAUGCUGAGUGCUCAGCACACUCCAGUCCACACAGGCCACACACUGAGUGCUUAGGACAUGCUGGUCCAUACAAGUCACAUGCUGAGUGCUCAGCACAUGCCAGUCACAUGCCGUACUCAGCACAUUCCAGUCCACACAGGUCACAUGCCAAGUGCUCAGCACAUGCCAGGCACACACUGUACUCAUCACACUCCAGUCCACACAGGCCACAUGCCGAGGGCUCAACACACAGUGGUCCACACAGAUCACACACUAAGUGCUCAGCACACACUGAUGCACACAGCUCACAUGCUGAGUGCUCAGUACACGCCAGUCACAUGCUGUACUCAGCACACUCCAGUCCACACAGGCCACAUGCUGAGUGCUCAGCAUACUCCAGUCCACACAUGCCACAGACUGAGUACUCAGGACGCACCAGCCCACGAAGGUUACAUGCUGAGUGUUCAGCACACGCUAGUCACAUGCUGUGCUCAGCACACUCCAUUCCACACAGGUCACAAGAUGAGUGCUCAGCACAUGCCAGUUACACACUGUACUUAGCACACUCCAGUCCCCACAGGCCAUGCAAUGAAUGGUCAGCACACGGUGAUCCACACAGGCCACAUGCUGAGUGCUCAGCACACACCGGUCCACAUACUGUAGUCAGCACACUCCAGUCCACAAGGCCACACACUGAGGGAUCAGCACAUGCCAGUCCACACAGGCCACAUGUUGAGUGCUCAGCCACACCAGUCACAUGCUGAGCCCUCGGCAUUUGAUCUCAGUGGGCUGGCAGGUAUUGAGCCUACUCAGAUCAAAUGCUGAGGACUCAGCAUACACCAGUCUACACAGAUCACAUGCUACGGACUCAGCACAUGCCAACCCACACUGGUCACACGCUGAGGGCUCAGCACAUGCCAGUCUGCACGGGUCCUAUGCUGACCGCCCAGCACAUGCUAGGCCAGCAGGUCACCACAGUGUGCUCAGUACACACCAGUCCACACGGGCCACAUGUUGAGGGUUCAGCACGUCAGGCCACACAGAUCACACCUGAGGGUUCAGAGCGCACUAAGCUGUCCCCACAGAGGCCCAUGCCAGCUUUCCCCUGGGCCCCAAGACGCUAUGUCACCACUGCUCAGGCCCAGGCUGUA